GAUGCGGAUGCGGGUCGGCAUGCUCCACCAGCAGAGGUCGCUGCGGAAACGCCUCCAUUAUGUCACUGUUAACCGCACAGGUUUAAAUAAAGCUUUGGCAGAGCGCGUGGGUGAUAUUUCUGGAAGCAGCGUCUGAUUCGCUAAAGUGGCAACUACCUUCUUCAGAAGGAUCAUUUGUUGAAUUUAUUUUUCUAUCUAUAUUAAACCUUACGGGUAUCGAGUGAACCCCCGAGAACAUGGCAGAAAGCGACUGGGAUACCGUGACUGUCUUGAGGAAGAAGGGGCCGACUGCUGCCCAGGCCAAAUCCAAGCAGGCUAUCACGGCUGCUCAGAGACGUGGGGAGGACGUCGAGACAACCAAGAAAUGGUCUGCAGGGCAAAACAAACAGCAUCUUGUGACAAAGAACACAGCCAAACUGGACCGGGAAACAGAGGAGCUACACCAUGACAGAGUUACUCUGGAGGUGGGCAAGGUCAUCCAGCAAGGCAGACAGGACAAAGGCCUGACCCAGAAAGACCUCGCCACUAAAAUUAAUGAGAAGCCUCAAGUCAUUGCAGACUAUGAGAGUGGGAAAGCAAUUCCCAACAACCAGGUCAUGGGCAAGAUAGAGAGAGCAAUUGGGCUGAAGCUACGUGGGAAGGAUAUUGGCCUACCCCUGGAGGCAAAACCCAAGAAGAAAUGAACACAAAGCCUCGAAAUCAGCCCCCCCCACCCCCAUCCCAACAACCUCCCCCACCACCAAGAACCCUUAAAAACUCUCUCUUCUCUUCCCCCUAUCCCUCCCUCUACCUGGGCUGAUCUCACCUGUGUCCUGGUGGACCUGGUGUUCCACUGCAUUACAGGCUGCAUACUAACAAGUCAUCUGAAAACACUCCCCUGACCACAUUGUCAAGAGAAUGAUCGAAUGCAUUUUUCAACAACACAAACUCAGAAGUUCCGUGAAUUUCUUUUCACCCACAUCUGCUUGGCUUUGGCAUGAUAAAUUCAACUUUUUGAUAGUGAUGUAAAAUCAUUUAAAGGGUGAAGUCUUUUUCAUGACCAAACAAAAUAGUUUGGCAAACCUUAAUUCUGAGCAUGAUGUUAAGCCAAAAGUGCGUAAUUGCAUCUUUUUCACACACACGUUAGGCAGUGGGUGGAUGUCAUUACAGUGUUGAAAUGUUUUAAUGCUGUGCUUUGUUUGAUCUAAAAAUAAAGUUUGGCAGUUCAUGACA